AGACAUUUCAACUUUAUCAAAUAUUUUCAUGUAUAAUAAAUAUUUUAAAUAGUGUUUAACUGAAAUAGUAAGUGAAAGUAGUUGUGAAACUGAAAGUAAAUUCGACAACUAUUUUAUGUAGCUUCAAACGAGACAGCUCAACAGCAGGAGAAAUGAGUUGUGAUGGCGACCAGCACACAAUGCAGUCUUCAGAUGAUGUGCUGCCCCCUCCUGGUGACAUCCAGGUCCUGUUGCUGACAUUAGAUUCUGUGUCUCUGAGCUGGAGUUCUCCUCAGGGGCUGAUCGGACCCCAGACAUUCAGAGUGACCUGGGGGUGUGACGGUGAAACAAGCUCAACAAGAGUGAAAGAUGUGCAUCAUCUUAAAAUAAGCAGUCUCAAACCUGGUGAAAAGUACCAGUUCAAUGUGGCAACAGAGGGAGAAGAUGGAAGACAAAGCAGAUGGGUCUCAGCCUCCCUAUCCACAGUACUUCCUGCUCCAGACCAGCUGACUGUUGACUCAGUGGACACCACAUCAGCUGCUGUUAGCUGGAACCAGUCACCAGGAUUGGACCACACCCAACAUCAUUACCAGAUCUCCUAUCGCUGUUCAGGGACAGAACCACACAUCACUACCACAUCUUCACCCAGCAUCACUCUCUGUGACCUGAAACCUGCUACUGAGUACUCGGUCACUGUCUGCACUGUGCUGGAAAAUGGAAAGCAAAGUCAACUGGUGUUAACAACCUUCACCACAGUACCCACUGCUCCUGGCCAGCUGACUGUUGACACCACAUCAGCUGCUGUUAGCUGGAACCAGCCACCAGGAUUGGACCAAACCCAACAUCAUUACCAGAUCUCCUACCGCUGUCCAGGGACAGAACCCCACUACACUACCACAUCUUCACACAGCAUCACUCUCUCUGACCUGAAACCUGCUACUGAAUACUCAGUCACUGUCUGCACUGUGCUGGAAAAUGGAAAGAAAAGUCGACUGGUGUCAACAACCCUCACAACAAUACUUCCUGCUCCAGACCAGCUGACCGUUGACUCAGUGGACACCACAUCAGCUACUGUUAGCUGGAGCCAGCCACCAGGAUUGGACCAAACCCAACAUCAUUACCAGAUCUCCUACCGCUGUCCAGGGACAGAACCACACAUCACUACCACAUCUUCACACAGCAUCACUCUCUCUGACCUGCAAUGUGGUACUCAGUACUCUGUCACUGUCUGUACUGUGCUGGAAAAUGGAAAGCAAAGUCGACUGGUGUCAACAACCCUCACCACAAUACUUCCUGCUCCAGACCAGCUGACUGUUGACUCAGUGGACACCACAUCAGCUGCUGUUAGCUGGAGCCAGCCACCAGGAUUGAACCAAACCCAACAUCAUUAUCAUUACCAAAUCUCCUACCAGUGUCCAGGGACAAAACCACACAUCACUACCACAUCUUCACACAGCAUCAGUCUCUCUGACCUGCAAUGUGGUACUCAGUACUCCGUCACUGUCUGCACUGUGCUGGAAAAUGGAAAGCAAAGUCAACUGGUGUCAACAACCCUAACCACAGAACAUUUUCAGUGGUGGAAGAGACCCUCCACAGUUGCUGCAGUGUUUGUUCUACUGGCUGUGAUCAUGGGCCUGCGGGAUUCCUAUGCAGCUGCAGAGAGAGACCAGCUACAGACAAUUUACAACACCCUGACUAAAGAGAGAGACCAGCUACAGAAUAGUCUAAAUACAAGGACCACAGAGAGAGACCAGUUACAGAAUAGUCUAAAUACCAGGACCACAGAGAGAGACCAGUUACAGAAUAGUCUAAAUACCAGGACCACAGAGAGAGACCAGCUACAGAAUAGUCUAAAUACCAGGACCACAGAGAGAGACCAGCUACAGAAUAGUCUAAAUACCAGGACCACCGAGAGAGACCAGUUACAGAAUAGUCUAAAUACCAGGACCACUGAAAUAGAUGAGUUGAUGAAGAGUCUGAACACUACAACUAUGGAGCGUGACCAGCUACAGAAGGAGAAAGAAAUGCUGAACUGGAAGAUCAAUGGGUCCUGUCCUGAAGGAUGGAGAAGGUUUGGCUGCAGCUGUUACUACCUCUCUACUGAGGAGAAAUCCUGGGAGGAGAGUAGACAGGACUGUCUGGAGAGAGGAGCAGAUCUGGUGAUCAUUAACAGUGAAGAGGAACAGACAUUCAUCAAUGGGUUUGAACCAGACAGUUAUGCCUGGAUUGGUCUGACUGACUCUGUUACUGAGGGGACCUGGAAAUGGGUGGACGGCACCCCACUGACCACCCCAAGGUAUUGGUGGAGUGGAGAGCCUGGUGGUGGUACGUACCAGAACUGUGGGGAAAUCUAUUACAUAUCGUCAGGUCAAGGAGUAUGGAGGGAUUAUGAUUGUACCUUUUCACAACAAUGGAUCUGUGAGAAAUAGGCUUCUCAUAGGUACUUUCUCUGCACUGCUGAUUAAUGAACUCUACUGUAUGUUAAUGAUGUUCUGAAGACUGGUUUGAUUUGAUAGCUGUAGUUGAGUACAAUUCUAGGAGAGAAACACAUACAAACACAUUCACACACACGAAGAUAGUGAUCUGAACCAGAGUCUCGCGCAGGAGAAGCCAACGUUUUAAUUAGACAAAGAGGAAAUUCCCUUUCGGGCCGAGAGCUGACACUGAUUUUGAAGUUGCAGGCAGGGCUACCUCAUCACAUGACUAUGAGCAACCAAUCAUGACCGAGUCAUGUCCUCUACACAAGCUUUCACAUAAUUAAUUUGUCAAACAAUGAUGUGUAGAAUAGGGGUGUAAUAUCAUUCAAUAGCCGCUGUCAAUCAAUUACUGUUGUUUUACACUUCAAAUACAUUUAAAAUGACUGUAUAUGUUUCAGGUAAACAGUAGGUUUGCUUCUUGUGCUUUAUCAUUCUGAACAUAAACUAUGUGUACUUCCUGCUAAUUCAAUAAAUCAUUAAACUGAGAUUAAAGACA